AUGGGGAGAAAAACGCAAUUCAAGUUAAGACUGAUCUGCACAGUGAAAGGGAUUCAGAUGACCACUAAAAAAGCGAUGUGUAAUAUCAAGGGCCUCUCUGAAGCGAAAGUAGAGAAGAUAAAGGAAGCUGCUAACAAGUUAAUAGAGCCCGGCUUUCUCACAGCCUUUGAAUACAGCGCAAAGAGGAAGAUGGUUUUCCACAUAUCCACUGGGAGUCAGGAGUUUGACAAGUUAUUAGGUGGAGGUAUAGAAAGCAUGGCGAUAACGGAGACAUUCGGAGAGUUUCGGACAGGAAAAACUCAGUUGUCGCACACUCUUUGUGUGACAGCGCAGCUCCCAGGGCCAAAUGGAUAUUCUGGAGGAAAAAUUAUCUUUGUGGACACAGAAAACACGUUCCGGCCUGAUCGCUUGCGAGACAUAGCAGAUAGGUUUGGCGUGGACCAUGAUGCAGUGCUGGACAACGUGCUAUAUGCCCGUGCAUACACCAGUGAGCAUCAGAUGGAGCUGCUGGAUUACGUCGCUGCUAAAUUUCACGAGGAAGCUGGGAUUUUUAAACUUUUGAUCAUCGAUUCCAUCAUGGCUCUCUUCCGAGUGGACUUCAGUGGCCGGGGGGAGCUAGCUGAGCGGCAGCAGAAGUUGGCACAGAUGCUGUCUCGGCUUCAGAAGAUCUCAGAAGAAUAUAAUGUUGCUGUAUUCAUCACAAAUCAGAUGACGGCUGACCCUGGGGCAACCAUGACAUUUCAAGCGGAUCCUAAAAAACCCAUUGGGGGUCACAUCCUGGCACAUGCGUCCACAACGAGAAUCAGUUUAAGAAAAGGACGCGGAGAGUUGCGCAUUGCUAAGAUAUACGACAGCCCUGAAAUGCCAGAAAAUGAAGCCACGUUUUCAAUCACAGCUGGAGGGAUAAGCGAUGCAAAAGAGUGACUGCCAUCCUGUGAGCGAGCGACGCCGGAUUUACUGCUUGUGCUGUUACAACGUGCACUUGUUAGAUGGGGGUUGAUAGCCUGUUUGUCCAAAUCUGAGCUAAUACAAAUAGGAGCUUAUAAACCUGAAGGGACAAUAAAGUUAAAUUAAACAUUCAUUAUUUAGAUACAGCAUACAAUGUUUUCCAGUGUACAUACAUUAUCAAAUUGGCUUUGUUCUCUUCUUAUCCUUUGUUAAAAGGUAAACCUAGGUAGGCACAAGAGCGUGCAUAUGUGUUUAGGACUCUAUGGCCGCAGUGUUUGUAACAAUGUUUGUAUGCACGCUCUUGAGCCUACCUGCAUUUCAACAAAAGAUACAAAGAGAACAAAGGAAAUUAAUAACGGAAGCAAUUGUGAAACUGUUUUUUUGUUUAUCACAUUGUUUGUACUGACUAUUUAACCAUUUCACUGGCCGAGGAGGGGCUACUAUGCAUGGUUUAUACAUUGCAGUCCUGUGUUUUAACUCAGAUAUUUUGUGUGUGUGCAAAUAUCCUGCAAUCUCUAGCAGGAACUACAUUUCUAAUUACUAUGCAGUCAGAAAACAAAGACCUGUGGGAGGAGUAUGACAUAAAACAAACUAGGUAAAUAAACAGCCCUGCAGCUUCUUUUUUAACCCUUUCGUGACAGGGUUAAAGUGCCUACAUCGGAACAGCUGUUCCGAUG